UAGAUGAAUGUAAAGAAUUUAAAGCGAACAACACAAUCAAAGAUCGUUGCAUCCAUGGAGUAUGUAGAAAUUCAGUAGGCUCGUGGAAUUGUUCUUGCGAUCCCGGCAGACUAUGGCAAAAUAAAGGAAACAAUUCAUAUCCGGUAUAUAGAUGUCAGGGAAAUCAUAGUUACAUUGGAUAUAUCAGCAUUGCUGAUUAUGAUUCAUCAAGAAAAACAAAUAUUGUUGAGUUGAUACAAUAUCAGUUGAAAACAUGGUUUGAAGAUCCAAAGAAUGAAAACAAAUCUUAUGAUGAGCCAAUAAGCAGACUAUUUGUGAAUUCAAAAGUUCUCAGUCUCGUUGAAAACAUGGCAUUACGUCAUGGCUCUUUUCGUCAAUACAACGCCACGUUUUUGUUAAGGAUCGGGGAAAUUGUUCAUAGCGAAAGGUUGUUGAAUGUUUUGAAUGGCGUUUUGCGUGAAGGAGAUUGUCGGAUACGUAAUAGUUCACUAGAUGUUGCUUUCGAAAAUAACUCAUAUUUCAUAUUCAAUGAUUACGAUAAUAAGCUAUGUGAAUUUGGAUCGAAUGGCAACUGUGACAAGGAAACAACUACUUGUAAACAAAUUAACGGAUCCACUUUCUGUCUCUGCAAAGAGGGGUUUCACAAAACUAUCGAGUCUAUGAAAUAUUGCACUGAUAUAGAUGAGUGUGAAAUAGAAACAUGCAAUAAUGAAACGUGUGUUAACAGUUACGGCAACUGGUCAUGUCAAUGUAAAAAUAUUAAUUCGAUCCCGGAUUCAAAUGACAGAAAAAAUUUUACAUGUAAAGACGUGUCUGUUUGUGAAUAUAAGGAAUAUAAGAAUAAGAACAUUAAUUUUAAAUGUAUAAACGGAAACAGGACAUGUCGAAGUGACACACAGAAAUGGGAAUGUACUUGUGAAAAAGGAUUAUCAUCUGUUUAUUAUGACAUCAAUACUUUCAAAUGUGAAGAUGUCGAUGAAUGUGCUGAAACUGGUGAUAUAUGUUCCGGGCAUGGAACUUGCAAAAACAAAUUAAAUGGCAACGGUUAUUCUUGCAACUGUGAGAAAGGUUACAAAGAAAAUGCGACCAACUGUUUUAAUGUUACUUGCGAAGAUAUAAAUGAAUGUGAAGCUAGCAGCAAUUACUCAUGCCUUGGAGGAGGAAAUUGCAACAAUACAAUUGGCGGCUGGGGAUGCUUAUGUAAUGCUGGAUACCAAGCUACCACAAUCUCAAAGUUCAAUAUUAGUUGUGAAGAUAUUGAUGAGUGUGAAAAUAAUUCGUACUAUUGUAAUGGAACCUGUUACAACGUUAUGGGGAAUUGGACGUGUACCUGUCUAGAAGGAUUUAGAGCUCAAAGAAGUCAAAAUGGGACUCGCAUAUUGUGUAUAGAUAUUGAUGAAUGCCAAGAAAACAAGAAUUGUUCAGGACAUGGAAGUUGUGAAAAUCAUCCAGGCCGAUUUGAGUGUAAAUGUUAUGAUGGAUUCGUGUUUAAUUCUUCAAACCAAACAUGCAUCGAUAUUGACGAAUGCAAUAAACCAAAAAUAUGUGGUGACGGCGGAAAUUGCACCAAUACUCUCGGAAAUUAUAAAUGCACUUGUCCAAAACAUGGAUAUGUUCAACAAAAAUAUCACAAUGAUUCUUGCAAAGACAUUAAUGAGUGCACAGACGAAUCGUAUUACUGUGGUGGUGAUUGUAAUAACACACUUGGAAGCUGGACAUGUAAAUGCAAGCAAGGAUACUCUAAGGAAUCAAAUAACGAAACAAAAAUUUCCAUUACGUGCGAAGAUAUAAACGAAUGUGACAAAAGCGCAAAGUGUGUAGAUGGUGUAUGUAUAAAUCUAGAUGGGUCUUGGAGUUGUGACUGUCAGGACGGAAAGCAGCCAGAGCGCUUUAAUUCCACUUUAACCGUUUGUCGAGGUGGAUUUCAGUAUAUUAUGUCGACAGGAAUAUCAGUCCCGACAUCAAGUGACGUAAAGCCGAAAGAGAUCAACAUUUAUAUGAAGGCUCAGAUAGAAGCAAUAUAUACAACAAAGUUUCAUAAUCAGCAUGUUCGUGUAGAAAUAAUAUCUGUUAUAAGAGUUGAUAGUGGAAAAAGGCGAAAAAGACAGGCUACGGAGAGCUAUGAGAUAGAUUUCGUCGUGCAUUUCAAUCAAUCUAUCCCCCAUGAAAACAUAAGUCAGGCAUGGACAGAAUAUAUUAAACACAAUUGUUCUACAGGAAGCAAUGUAGGAUGUCCCGCGCCAAAAAAUGUACGAGCAUUGCCUGUUGUCUUUGAAAGCAAAAUUAGCAUAACAAAAGAUCAAUCAGCUGCCCUAUGUAAUCUAGAUAAAUAUAACCAUUGUGACCCGGACACCUCAACUUGUCACUUUGUGAAUGGAAGCGCAAAUUGUGACUGUAAAAAGGGUUACACAAAGAAUGAUAAACAAUCGAAUUUAACGUGUGAAGUAUCUAAAGAUGCAUGUCAGCAAAGUCUAUGUAAAAAUAGUGGUACAUGUCGGAUGUCUCAAGGCAAUAAGAGUUUUGAGUGUUUAUGCCGUGAUGGUUGGACAGGGAAAUAUUGUGAGGAUGUCCAAGUUUCUAAAACUGAUGAUAAAGAUGAUAAAACGAUUCUUAUUGCAACAACCAGCAGUCUUGGUGGACUUGUUAUAAUAUUGGCAUUAGCAAUGAUAAUACUCUGCAGAUUCAAAUCAAAGAAGAGUGAAGACGACAAAAUGUCCCUAAAACAUAUGGAUGCCAAUGGUUUUAAAAGUUUUGACGGCGCCCUCCUUAGAAAUCGAUUUGUAGAGGAUGACGACGAUGGUGUGGGAUCAUAUUACAGCCGCAGGCUAUCGAGUUCGUCUAUGCCUUACGGACAUCAAAAUAGACUAAGUGGGAGCGGUAAUCAGAACGGAUUUGCUCAUAAUGGGCUUUAUGCAAGUCCAAAUAAACUUCCGAGGGCAAAUAUUCACGGAUCUAUGCCAAACCUAGCAGGUAAUGGUACUUCAUUUAACCAUUUCGAUGACCGCCGAUAUUCUGGCGAUGAGGCAAGGCAUGUGUUAAGCUACAACCAAGGUUUAAAUCGUAGUUAUGACAUUGACCUACGAGCACCAAGAAACAAUUGGAACGGCCGAAGAUCGCCCCCACCAGAUUAUGGAAGGCCAAGGUCCCCAAAGCCAGAUUAUCAUGGAAGGAAAUUUAACAGAUCCAAAGACAGCGGAGUGGGAAAUGGCAACAGCAGCGAAAGCAACGAAUAUCAACGUCAAGAGAAUAGAGGGCGACACUACUAUUAUGGACAAAGGCAGAGUACUAAUUUUUAGAAGCAAAUAAGGCCUUGUCUUUUGCCCCCACAGUUACCGCGUCCCAUUUAAACAAUUGUCGCUUGGUAAUUUAGUAAUUUGAAUGCGCAGUUCAAACUACUGUUAUAAACGAUUGAGCUAAUUAGUAUAUGGAUGUUUUCUACUUUAUAUUUUAAAGCAAAAUAAAGGAAUGAAACUAAGUACCUAACACUUUAUCAGAAAAUUAAAGAACCAACGUACACACGAAUACUACACUUACUUUAUGUGUAACAAAUCAAAUUUAUGUAACAUAAAACAUUUAUGAUCAAUGGUCAAUGAAAUGCAUACGUAAUGUAGAAUGUUACAUCAGAAUGUAAAUUUACAAAUUUAACUUUUCUGCAGUGAACAGUUUUUUUUUUUAUAUAAAACGACUGUAUUUAAUUUUUUUUCUGAUAAAACGCAUACAAAAUUCCAGACUGUAGUACGAUGCAUUGAUGCCAUUCUAUUUUCGUAUUGUUUAUAAUGUUUCUGUUUAUUUGUUGUAAAUUUUAGUCGUCUUACGUAAUAGCUUAGUAUUAUUACAAUAAAAUUAUAUAAAUAUAUAAUUAAUGCACACUCUUGAAUAAUUAAAUGAUGCAAAAGAAUAACUUCGUCCAUGUUGUUUUAGUUUCAGUUUAGGUUUCAUAUUCUUGUUUCUUACUGUUGUUAAUGUUUUAAUGCUGAUUUUUCUUUGCUUUUAUUUGCGUGAUACUUCAUUGAACUUGUUUAAACCUGACAUAAACUUUAUAUCGUGUUUGUAGCUAUUAAGCUACCAUUUAUAAGUAAAGAAUAUGAUUUUCAGGUGCCAGCUUCCAACUCAAACUUGUAUAUAACUUUAAGGCAUUUAAUGUCUUCAAACACUGGUACUCAUUAAAAAUUCAUUGGCAGGUCCAACGAAAAUGAAAAACAUGGAAUCAACCUUUGGUUCGUAAUUCACAUCAUUUAAUUACGAUAUUGCAAGUUAUAGCAAUGCUAUCUCAUACAAAUGUGUUUAUUGUCUUCAACUUUGUGUGUUCGUUGAAUGUUUAUGAUGACUUCUAGCAUACUUAAAUUUUUCCAUCGCGUAAUUCACUCUAUCAUAGGUUCUUUUAAAAAACUUCAACAUUUACAAUAUAUUGCAUCUUAUUCACACGUCAUAGUAGUCUGAUUUACAAUAUAAUGCAUUAAAGUAAAUUGAAAUCACUUUAGAAGAAAAUUAAAGCAUUUUGAAACGCUGUUUGUGUUUAUGUGUCCCGUUUGUUUUGCAAUGACUCAUAUUAUUUUUGACUAAAAGCAAUGUUAAUAAAAAAUAAGACAAAAUUAAACCUCAAUUGUUUUUUGUCUGGUUCUAGAUGUUGUAUUGUUAAUUUGUUUUAAGAAGCAUAUAAUCAUGCACACGGAUAUGAAAUAUUGGUUCAAGUCUAAUUUUCAUUUUAGAAUUUUCGUAAGUUUGCUGGACAAUCCAAUGUGUUCGAAGGCGCAUGAAGGAUCAGAAAUACAUAUUGUGUUCUGCCUUUCAAUGGGCAAAACAUGUCUUAAAUAAUGAUACGAUAAUGAAUUAAGAGCAUAUUUAUAGUACAAUCCUUGUCAAUGGUUAUCAUACGAAAUUAGAUAAUGUAGGUCAGUAAUAUGGAUUAAUAAGUUUAAGAGCACCUGUGUGCAGAAACUUAAACAAGAUAUACCGUACGGUUUACGAGUUAUUGACACUUUUCUGAAUUAUAGCUUGGAAGGAUUAUUAAUCAAAAAUGAGGAACUCUGUAAUGUUUGUCUAACUUGUCUAUAUAUUUUCCUCGUGGUUAUUGUAAUGAAUAAAUGAUCAUACAGCUAACAAUUCACAUAAAACAUGAUUGUUUCUACUCAAAUGUUUGAAAUAUGUAUAAUCUGUUACUUUACUCCACCCGUUUUAAAAUCUGGAAACAAAGUUGAUUAAAGACUUGCUUGACAAGGUUCCUACCGCAAGUUCAUUAAAAUAAGAGGCUGCUUUUAAAGCUUGCCUUAUAUAUAUUGGUUGUUUUUGUCAGAUACUUAGUACAACUUUAACCGUGUCCAAAAUCAAAAACUUAAAAUGAGCAAAACAUUAGUAUUCUUUAUUGAGUUUUGAAUCUGUAACAGGACGAUUCUGGGAAGUGGUAUCAAAAUUUAUGAGCCUUAAUAUUGUAUAGAAAAUAUACCAAGUUGACAUUCUUAUUAUUAAAAUAUUGUAUCAUAUUUUAUUAUACUGCUUGAGAAUGUUUAAAAGUCACAUUGAAGGUUAUGCAGCUUAAAUGCUUCAUUAUGCCUCAGAAACACUUCCAAUCGUAUUUCUAAAAACCUUUUUAUUUUUGUUUCUAUUGUCGUUUCGGAAAAUACCAAUGGUUUGCCAUGUACAACCGUACAUAACUUUUGCUACUUUUGUUUUCUUGGCAAUUGGUUUAUAGAUUUUAUAUAAAAAUAUAGUAGAUAAGUAAUUAAAUGGAAGUCAAAAUACUUAUAUUAUACAUUUUGAUAACUUUGCAGCAUGUAACUGCAUAUUCAGCAUUAUUUCCUUCAGUUGUUUUAUAUCUUGAAUUAUUUCAGCAUUAUUGAACAAAUGUUUGUCAUUCUAAAGAAUUUCAAAUAAUUUAUAUGAAUUUCCGAGGCAUAAUGUGCCUUUACAGAAGAGGCUUAGACAUUCCUGAAGUCACAUAUUGAGUCUUGUCAUGUCAUUUGUAAAUAUUUCAUACUUUAUUGUUUAUAUCUAAUUAAAUAUCACAAGGUGCCAAUGUGCAAUAUGUGUGUUAAUUUAUCAAUAUGUGUGUUUUCAUAAUACAUAUUUGACUGUUUAAUUAUGUUAAUAAUGAAUGUAAUGUAAACUGUACAAUACUAUAUAUUUUUGUUUUAAAUAAGUUUUCUCUUUUGUGUGUGAGGGGGUGAGUGUUUGUUUGAUACUUUUUAUUUGUGUCGGCGUUUGUUUUUUGUCUUUUGUGUAGAAUAUAUUUUCUUCUCAGAAACGUUACAAGCUAAUUACUCGAUUUGUUUUCCAAAAGCUGAUCACUUUUCUGCCCGUUAAAAGCAAAAAAGAGAUAGUAUGAAAAUUCUUAUGUAACUUAUGCAUAGCAAUCAAUAAUAACGUACCAUACCGGAUAUAAUUAACUUAAACCAAGUUUAAUGGCGCUCCUAAAUACUUCUAUAGUCAUAAAGAAUAGGAAAUUGGGUUUUUGUUUGAAACGAUAAUUUACUGUCUUAAAUGGAAAAGACGAACAAAUAUCGUGUAUUGAGGCAUGACUUUAUAAUUGAGUUUUUAUUUCACUUAUUUGUAACAUCGUCUGUAUUAUUAAACUGUUAAACAGUUUCAAUUGACACCAAGAAAUAAAUGUGUUCAAAUGUUAUAUGUUUUAAGAAACAUGUUCAUUGCUAAAUAAUAAUAUUCAUUUGGGUGAAGUAUAUGUAAUACCUGUGUACCUUUAUGUAACAUUUUAUGUCCUAGACUAAUAAAAUUAUCAUAUCUAAUGCA